AUGGCUGAGACUCCUGAACAACUUGCUGCUAGGUUAAGAGCUCUUGAGCAAAUGAACCAGAACCUUGGAAUGUUGUUGCAAAACCAGCUGAAUAACAACAACAACCACAACAAUAAUGACAACGACCCUCAAGCUGCUAUGGCUAAGAAACUUGCUGCAUUGAAACCUCCGCUAUUUAUGGGGAAGGAAGAUCCCAUGUUGGUUGAGAACUGGGUACGUGACUUUGACAAGAUUUUCACCGCUGCUAGUACCCCUGAUGCUCAGAAGGUGGAUCAAGCCACAUUCUAUUUACGUGAGGCUGCUGAUAUUUGGUGGGAAAAUGAAGGAGCCACCAUAAGAGCUCAACAGAAUUUUAACUGGGAUGCUUUUAAGACAACAAUUAGGGACCGUUUCUUUCCUGAGCAUAUCAAGAGGCAGAAAUACAGUGAGUUUAGUAGGUUUAACCAAACAACUGGUAUGAGUGUGCAGGAGUAUGCUGAGAAAUUUAAUGAGUACGCAAGGAUCCAAAAGAAGGUGAUCGGGGCUGGUACUGCUGCUACUUAUAAAGAGGCCUAUGAUAGAGCUUGUAAUAUUGAAAGGAUUUUGAAACGUGAGCAGGAGGUCAAGGAUAGGCAUAAGAGGAAAGGGAAUGGUGAGAGUUCAUCGAACCCUCAAGGUUAUGACAAGAGACCACGCCUAGGGGGUAAUAGCAAUAGGAAUGGUGGAAUUGGUCAGCAGGGAGGCCGUAACAACAACAAUCAAAGCAAUAAUCACCGAGGCCAGGGGAAACAGAAUCAGCAAGGAUCUCGCAACCGACCAUGCCGUAAAUGUGACAAGAGCCAUCCAGGACGCAACUGCAAUGGAGAUUUGCUUACUUGCUUUGAAUGUGGGGAGGUUGGUCACAAGAAAUUUGAGUGCCCAAAGAAGCAGAAUGGCAAUAAUCAAGCUUAG